UUUUAACGUGUUUUCCAUUUCCAUGAUUGUUAUCCCCCGGUAGAUUGAUCAUGAAGAUCGUGCGGUUGGUUUUCCUCAUACAUUUCCUGAAGCUGCUGGCCGCGGCCGACGAGUCCCACCCGAACUGGUAUCUGCUGGACCAUGACGGGUGCGGCGAGAGCGUCAGCGAUAAGAUCAUCGGCGGCAACGUGGCCACCCUGGGACAGUUCCCGUGGAUGGCGCAGCUGGGCUACACCAGGAAGCUGUUUUCUUCGUCCACCCCUCGCUACAAGUGCGGGGGGUCGCUCAUCAACCCCUUAUACGUCCUGACGGCGGCCCAUUGCGUGUCGGGGCUGAAGGGUGAGCGGAUGGUGCGGAUAAGGUUGGGUGAACACAACACGAGGACUAGGAAAGACUGCGAAGACGCGGUGUGCGCCCCUCCUGUGCAGGACUUUCGGCCUGACAAGGUUAUAUCCCACGAGAAGUUCCAGCAACCGGCCAUGAGGAACGACAUUGCGCUGAUAAGGCUGGAUCGACCGGCUAAGAUUACUCCGUACGUCGGAAGCAUCUGCAUGCCGCGCGGUCAGCUAAUGAUACAAAAUUUCGUCGGCUCUUUCAUGGAAAUAGCAGGAUGGGGAGUCAGCAAAUUAAGCGGCGUGUCGAACAAAAUGAGCACUGUGCUGCUCCACGUUCGCAUUCCCAUAAUCGACAAGGACAAAUGCAGGGAAAUUGUGGAGGACGCUUCGAUGGGACCAGGACAGUUUUGUGCGGGAGGGGACGAAGGAUUCGACUCGUGCAGAGGAGACUCGGGAGGGCCCGUCAUGAGAGUUGAGGCUUUUGGGGAUACGCCCAGGUACUACAUAGUGGGACUCGUUUCGUUUGGUCCGAGAGACUGUGGAACUGAUAAACCGGCGAUUUACACGGACGUGACCAAGUACAGGAAGUGGAUUUUGGACCACAUCCAAGCUUGAAUUUUGUUUGUUAAUAUGUGGCAGUUAAACUUAAGUAGCUGAAGUAAAAAAGGAUAUAUCUAGACA